AUGAAAAAGUCUAAUAAUUUAUCGAAAAAUAAUGUUGAUAGUAAAACUGAUAAUGAUACCAAUAGAAAUAUUACAAAUUUUAAUUCUAUACCAUCAGGAAUGACAUCAAUUUCAACUGAUCGGUCAUUGGUACUUGUACGUGAAUUAAAAAAUUGUAUAGGAAUAGAAGAGUUACAUUGUCAUAGAAGUCAAACUACGGAUACUGUUAAUUUUAUUGAAGAACAUUGGUCAUCUGAAAUAAAAAAUUUAUGUAAUAAGAAACCUCCAAAAUUUAUAAAAAUGAUACAAGCUUAUCGUGUUUUGGCAACUGAUAAAUUAAAUUUACUUGUUGAGGUUGAUAGUGAUCCACCAGCAAUUUUUGAAUGGACAAUUAAUGAUAAAAAUAUUGUUAAUAAACAAGGUGAUAAAGUUUCAUGUAUUCAUGGAUUAAAUAUUAGUCAAAUUAUUGUUAAAGAACCUGAAGAAGGAAUUUAUUCUUGUAAGGCAAAUAAUGGAUAUGGUAUUUCUAGAAGUUAUGGAUAUGUUAAAGUAGAUAAUGAUACAAAAAAACAUAAAAGAUUUUCAACUUCUUUAAAAAUUAAUGAUCAUGUAUCAUUGAGUGAUAGUGUAACAAAUGUUAAAGAUGUCGAAAAUUUUCCAUUCUUUGUAAAUCAAAUACCAAAUUUAAUUGUUGACUUAGGUUCAGAAGCUGUCUUUGAUGUUGAAGUUGAAUCAUUAUUACCUGUUCAAUUUUUUUGGUAUCAUAAUAAUAAACAAUUUGAUGAAACUAACUUGAAUUAUGAAUUUUAUUAUCCAUCAAAAAAUAGGUGUUUAAUUUUAAUUAAAAUGCCUGAGGCUGGAGAGUACAAAGUCAUUGCUCGUACUGAAGUUGGUCAAAUUGAAAGUACCGGUUACUUAUCAAUUGCUUCUGAUAAAAAGUAUGAUGAACAAAGUUUUUCAAAAAAUUGUUCCUAUGAUUAUUCAAUAGUUGGAGAUUCAACAAACAAACACUUUAUUGAAAAAAAUUAUAAAAGUUUACCUCGUAACAUUCAUGGUAAUAUUAAAAAAAGUAAUAUGAUAAUUAAAUGGAAUAAUUUUGAUAAUAAUGAAAAAUAUCAAAAUAGUAUUGUUAAGGAGAAUUCUAAUCAAUACUUAAAUAAUUAUAUCUCUGACAAUGAUAAAAAUAAAUUCAUUCAAAAUGUAAAUGCUUUUACCCCCAUACCAACUCCAGGAGUAGUAAAUAAAUGUUAUGUUACUAAAAAUAUUGCUCAACCAUUACCACAAAAACCAAUUAUUGAUAUGAAUAGUACUUUAAUUCCUCCAUCAGAAAUCUAUGUAUCAUUAGGAGAAUCUUUAAGUCUUGAAAUGAAAGUACAAUCAUCUCCCUCUUCAGCUUUUAAAUGGUAUCAUAAAAACUUUGAAGUCAAACCUUCUUCAAUAAUAUCAAUUGAACAGGUAGCUGAGAAUCAUUCAAAAGCAGUUUUUCAAAAACCAUACUCUGGUAUUUAUAAAUGUGUUGCCUCUAAUCCACAUGGUGAAGCAACAAUUGAAACUAGAGUUACAAGUGAAUAUAUAGAAGAAAUAGAAAUUGGAAGUUUGACUAAUAACAAGAAAAAUAAUUCUAAUAUUGAUUUUAAUUCAUUUGUUAAAGUUAAUAAAAAUUUGAAGAAAAAAGAUUUGCCUAUGGCACCAAGAAUUACAAAAAAAUUUGCCAAUUCAUUAAAAGUUAAAGAAAAUGAGAAAAUUGAGUUGUCUGUUGAAGUUGAAAGUAUCCCACCAGCAAUCUUUUUAUGGCAUCAUAGACAUUUUGAAUUAAAAUCUUCCAAAAAUAUAAUAAUUGAAAAUGAUAUAAAUAAAUCAAAACUUAUAUUAUUAAAACCUCAAGAAGGAAUUUAUGAAGUUACAGCUAUGAAUCAAAUUGGAGAAGAUAAAGCAGGAUGUAAAAUUUUUGUUUUAUAUAAUGAUCCAAAAACACCUCAAGUUAAUAAAAAUGAAGAAAUAUAUUUUACCAAAAACUUAGAUAAUAUAAAUAAUUAUAUUGUUGAUAAAAAAAAUAAUAGUAGUGAAGUAUAUUUGAUAGUUGAAAUAAAUGCUGAACCAUUAAAUAAUGGAUACUUUAAAUGGUUUGCUAAUGAUAGUGAAAUUAUUAAUGGUGAUUAUUUUUCAAUAAAAUCAAAUAAUGUUUCAUCUAAACUUAUCAUUAAAAAUGAUUUACCUCAGGGUCUUGUAAUAAGAGCUGAAUAUAUCAAUGCAAAUGGUAUUUUAAAAACUUGUACUAAACCAAUGUCAAAAUUAAUUUUUGAAAAAAUAUUAAAUAAUUCAAUAGAUGAAAAGUUUCUUGAUAACAAAAAUAAAAAUGAAAUUUUGGCACCUAAAUUUAUACAAUCAUUGGAACAUAUAUCAGAAAUUAUUUUAUCAUUAGAGAAACAUGAUGAUAAUCUUUCAUCAUUUGUUUUAACAACUCAUGUCGAUUCUACCAUACCUGGAGAAUUUAAAUGGUUUGUAAAUAAAAAUGAAAUAUUUGGAUUUUCAGAUUUAUCUCCAUACCUCAUAAAACAAACAGCUCCAUUUUCAUCAACAUUAACAUUUAAUCCAUAUGUAUGUAAAAAUGAUACAAUAUUUACGUGUCAAUUUAUUACACCAAUUUUAACAAUAUCAACAUCAACACAAAAAAUUAAAAUUAAAAAAGAAAAUAAUAUUAAUUUUAAUAAAAAAUUAUCAUUUAAAAAAUGUUUAGAAAAUAUUUCUAAUCUUGAAUAUACAAAAUAUGAUAAACCAUCAAAACAAUAUGUAACAUCAAUAGAUGCUUCUGUUGAUACAUCUAUUCCAGGUAACUUUAGAUGGUUUAUAAAUGGACGUGAAAUAUAUAGUACACAGUCAAAAGAAUUUAAGGAUUUUUCUGUAACAUCAAAUGGUAUUGAAUCAACAUUGACAAUAAGUUGUUUAUUAUCAAAUUCAUCUGUUAUUGGUGUACAAUUUAGUAAUAGUCAGGGUGUAUUAUUUUCAAGAACACCUGAACUUACCAUUAUUUAUCUAAAAGAAAAAAGUUUUGAUGAUGAUUCAUAUAAUAAUGAUAUAUGUGAACCAUACUUUAUUAAUACAUUAGGAAAUAUUUUGGUAAAAGAAGGUGAUAACCUAACUUGUGAUGCAAUUUUAAAUAAAGAAGCUGGUGAUAAAUGUAUUUUUAUAUGGUUUUUAAAUGGUAAUCCAAUUCCAAGUACAUUCUCAAAUAGUAGUUAUGAUAAUGGACAAAAGUCAAAACUUUCUAUUCCCUUAGUAACAAAAGAAAUGGAAGGUGAAUUAUUAGUUAUUGCUGAAAAUGUUAAAGGUGUCGUUGAGAUGAAAGGUAAAAUAAUUAUUGAUAAUAAAGAGAUUGUUGAUAAUAAUACGAAUGAAGUACAUAAACAAUCAGUUGAAGAAAUUGUGGCAGAUUAUAUAAUUCAAAAUAUUCCACAAUUUAAUAAAGGAAAUGAUACUUAUACAUUAGAUAAAGUAGAUAAUACAUUAUCAAUAUAUAGUAAUUUUAAAACUAAAAAUAAUGUAACUGAAAUUAAAAAAAGACCUGAAUCUUAUAAAUUAUUAGUUAAAGUAGCUGAAAGUAUAGCAACAACCUUGGUAGCAAAGAUAUUUGUUGAUGCAAUGAAAGAAUCAUCAAUAUAUUUAGCUGAAGAAAAAAGAAAAAAUCUAUUAAAGAAGGAAAAAAAAUUAAAUAAUUUAAUGGUUACAGGUGGUACUGAUAUACGAUAUUCUGAUACUAAAAGUUAUAGAGCACCAUAUUUUGAAAUUAAAAAUGAACAGUAUACAGUAUCUGAAGGUCAAAAUAUUACAAUUCAUACAAUUAUUCAUGGUCAUCCACCCCCUAAAGUUUCAUGGUACUUCAAUGACAAAGAACUAGAAACUUCUGUUGAUGGAAAAUAUUGUAUAAUAAAUACCUCAGGACAUUCUCAAUUAACAAUUAAAAAUGUAAAUAGAGAGACAAAUUCUGGUAACUAUUAUUGUAAAGCUUCAAACAAACUAGGAAAAGCAAUAUAUAGUUGUAAUUUAAAAAUAACAGAAAAAGUUUUUGAAUCAGAAAUUCAUAAUAUUGUGGCACAGGUAGAUGUUCCUACACUACUUCAUUCUGGAUAUGGAAGUGAAGAUGAUGACAGAAAAAGUGAAUAUGUUGAAUUAAAUAUUAAUAUUUUUAAUAAUGGAGAUAAAUUUUGUGAAAUAAAUAUGAAUGAUAUUGAAAAUGUUAAUAAUAUUCAAAAUUCUUUAACUGAAAAUCAUCUUAUUGAAUUACAGGAGAUGGUAGAUAAUAAAACAAUCAACCAAUUAAACAUUCCUCUUAUAAAUAUUGAAGAAGUAGAUGAUAAUACCAUUUAUCAUGAUGUAAUUUUGGAACGUAAUGAAGCGAGUGAACAAAUAAGUAAAACAAUAAUUGUGGAUAAAUCAAUUUAUGACUUAAACUUAUUACCACCUAAUUUUGGAGAUCAAAAUUCAGAGAGUAAUCUUAAAAAUAAAAAUAUAGAUGAUGCUAAUGAAUUAGAUAAUAUAAUAAAUAAAGUUGAUGAAACUGAAGAGGAAACCAAUGAAGUUGAAUCAAAUAUAAUUAUAUCAAGAUCACAACAAAUGUCUAAUGAUUUUAUUGGAAUUAUUUUAAAUGAUACAGAAUAUUUAUCAUUAUUGUCAAUAAAUAUAGAUAAUAUGACAACUAACAUCUCUGAUGAGGAAUUAAGUUUUGCUACAGCAACAGAAGGCUUUUCAACUAUAUCAAAAAAUUAUGAAGGGGUUGAAAAAGUUUUAAAAAGUAAUAUACAUGAUAAUAAUUCUCCAACAAAUAUUUCUACUAUAGAGACAGUUAACUUAUUAAUACCAGAAGAAAUAGAAGAUAAUAAAACUGUAUUACCAAAUCAAUUAAAUGAUAUAAAUAUUAAUCAAACACUUAAUUUAAAUCAUGAUGAUUUGUCAGAAUUAAAUAAAUCACAAGACCAUAUAGUUUUUUGUUCAAUAGUAUUAGAAAAAGAAAAAGAAUGUGAAAAGAGUAAUGAUUAUAUUAUAGGUAAAGAUUACAUAUCUUUUGAUAGUCCUUCUAUUCAUGAAGUUUCGGUAAUUGAAAUAAUAAAAAAUGAUGAGGCAAAUCAAUUAAUAGAAGAAUCAUUAUUAAAAAUAUCAGAAAUAAAUAAUAUAUCUAAUAUUACAAAUAUUAAUAUUGUACGCCCAGAAGAAAAAUAUGAAUACCUACUUAAUAUUAAUGAAAUAAUUAAUGAAAAAUGUGAUGGUACUUUUACAGGUAUACAAAUAUCAAAAAAAGAAAUUGAAAUAAAAGUAACUGAAAAAGAUAAUGAAAUUAAGGAAGAAAAAGAAGAAAUAAGUACAACUGUUCUUACAAUACAUAAACCUAGUGAGGAAUGUUUUCAUAAUGUUACAAUUAUACCUGAUAUUACAGCAUCAUCAAAUAUUAUUAAAUCAGAUGAUAAUAAUGAACAAAAUUAUAUUACAAAUACAAAAUACAUGGAAAUGAUUUUUAAAGAACAUGAGUAUGAUGAAAAAAUUAUAGAAAAUAAUGAUAAUAAGAAAUGUGGAACAUUUAAAAUCACCAAUACAUCAGUUUUAGCAGUAUUUUCCAAAUUACAAGAUUUUGAAAAUAGUGAAGAAAUAACAAUUAAACAAUUUGAAAAAGAAUCAACAUCUUUAAAUAAUGUAAAUCAAAUAAAUUUUAUAACUGUUGUUUUACCACAAAACUCAGGAAUUAUUAGUAAUGAUGAAAAUACUAAAUUUGUAUCAAACAUUGAUAAUAUAAUUAAGGAAGAAAACUUUAUAAUAGAUAUUAUUAAAAAGAAUGAUGCUUUUACAUAUGAAUUAAAUAUAAUAGAAAUUGAUCAAACAACAAUAAAGAUAGAAGCAACAGUUAAAUUUUCACAAUUAGAAGAAACAAACAUUACUUCUACAUAUGAUGAAUUUGUAAAUGUAGAGGAUAAUGAGAUAUGUGUCAUUGAGGUAUUAGAAGUUCCUGUUAAUUUAUCAAAAGUAAGUUAUAUUUGGAUGCAAAGUCAUUCUGAAAAUGAAGUUGGGGCAAAAGAUGUAUGGUUACAAAAGAAAAAUGUAUCUGAAAAUGAUUGUGUUGUUAAUACCUAUCAUUCAGAAGAGAUAUUUAAUGAAGUUUUAUCUAAUAUAAAUUUAAAACCUGAAAAAGUUGAUGUUAAUAUUGUUGAUGACAAUGAAGUAUCAUUAUCCUUAGGAUCAUCAAUUGAUAGUGUCACACAUCAAAGACCUGUAUUUUUAAGUUUAUUAAAAGAUUUGAAGAAAAAAGAAAAUGAAAAUGUAAAUUUAAAAGUAAUUUUUUCUGGAACUCCUUUACCUCAAAUUAUUUGGAAAUUUAAUAACAAAGAAAUUAAUGAAUUAGAUACAAAUAUAAAAAUUAUUUCUGAAGAUGGAAUUUCAAUUUUAUCAAUAAUAAAUUUAAAUAAAUUAAAUGAAGGAUAUUAUAAGGCAAUUGCCAUUAAUAAUCAUGGAAUAUCAGAGACAAAAUGUCAUUUAGAAGUAUCAGAUCAACAGAAUGGUGAAUAUUUAAUUUUAUUGAAAGAUUUUGAGUGUAAAGUAGAAAAAGCAAAUAAUAUACAAGAUAAAGGACAUUGGCAAUCGAAGAUUAUGUGUAAAGAAUAUGAUAAAUAUAAUUGUGUUAACAUUAAUAGAGAACAAAAAUAUCAAAUUAGUGAUACUAUAAAAUCUUUUAUUUUUGAUUUACCUACUUCAAAGGAAAAAGGUUUUUAUUUUAAUCCACUUAAAUUUUCAUCUACCAAAUAUUUAACUAAUAAUUUUGUAUCUAUUAAUUAUUUUUUAAAUAAUAAUAAUAAUUAUAUUUUUGAUGAAAAUUUUAUAUUAUUAAUGGAGUCUAUUAAUAUGGAUAAAGUAUCCUUUAAUGAAAAUAUAACAAAUAAAAACAAUAAUAAUAUUAAUUCUAAAUUAGAUAAAUUAGCCUCUAACAUGGAACAAAUAAUUAAAGUAACUAAAAAAUAUUUACCAAAUCGUUUAAUAAAUCAUAAAAGAAGUAGUUCACAGGGAAGUUAUAGUCAAAAAAAUGAUUCAAUUAAAGAAAAUAAAUAUGGAUUAAAAUUAUUUAAUAGAAUAAGAUCCUCCAGUACAUCACAAAAUAAUGAUGAUCAAAAAAAGAAUAAUGAUUUCUUUGAUAAUCAACAGGAAAAAGAAAUUAUUUUUGAUUUUGAUAUAACAAAUAGGUAUAGUGACUAUUUUACAGAAUGUACUUUUAUAAUGCCAAAAUGUUAUGAAACUCUUGAGGAAAAUUUUAAUUUAAAUGAUAUUAAAGAUGAAAAUGAAGAUGAUAAGAUAAAUUUAUGGAAAUUUAAAAAUAGUCCAAUAACAGAAUUUAUGAAAGCAUCAUUACAUGAAAAUGAAAAUUAUAGUUAUGAGACAGCUAUACCAUUAUUUCAAAAUAUAAUGGAUACCCAAACACAGCAUAAUUUUGAAGCUUCAUCUUCCUUCAACUCAACACCAUUUGAGGUAAAUUCAAUAUCACCUAUUAAUGACCUAAAAAAUGAUAAACGUGGUUCACUUGCUUCACAGGAGGUGGCACGUAUAAUGUCAUCAACAUCAAAUGAUGUCAUGAAUUCAAGAAAUAAAUUAUUUUCAUCAUAUAAUAAUAAGAUAAAUAUUAAAAAAAAUAAUUCUAUUGAUGAUAGAGUUGAUUCAAUUUGUGAAAAUCAAUCAUCACCAUAUUUUAUACCAUCAAUAAAUAAUAAAUAUGGUAGUAUAACUCUAGUAAGAGCAUCUCCAUUACAAUUACAAGGAAAUGAUAAUAUAAUAUGUGAUGAAAAUAUUGUUGAGGUGACAAAUGAAGUUGAACAGGAUUGGGUUGUAGAAAAAGAAGAUACUGCUGGAUUUACAGAAAUAAUUUUACCUGAUUUACCAAAACCACGAUCACCAAAACAUAGUCUUACAAGAAAAUUAAGAGAUACAUUAUCAAGUCCUCUUCAUAGAAUGUCAAAUCAAGUUAAAUCACAUUCAUUACCAAGGCAUCAUCUAAGUACUGUACCAAUAAAUACAUUAUUUAAAAGUGUUAAAAAAUCAUUAACAUCAUCAUCAAAAAUUAUGUUUAGAAAAGCAAAUGAUAAUUUUAAAAAUUUACGCCAUACCUCAUCAUCUCCAAAUAUGACAAAAAAAGAAUUAAAAGAAUUAGAAAAGGCAAUUGUUGAUAUGUCAUUGAAACUUGCCAAUAAUGAACCAGUAUCAAAAGUUCAUGCAAUGGUUAAAGAAGAAUUAGAAAAAGCACAAUUAGAAAGUGCAAUUUUAAAUAAAAUGAUGCCUUGUGAUGACAAAGUUUUAAAUGAUAUUGAUAAAGAUAAUACAUUUAAAAAUUUAGGUGAGGAUGAUUCAAUUAUUGAAAAUAUUUUGGGUGAAGAGUAUGUAAAUAAAAAUAUUGAAUCAAUUCAAGAUGAUAUUACUUUUAAAAUGAUUAAACCUAGUAAUAUUAAUAAUAAUUAUAAUGAUCUCAAACUUCCAAUUGAUGAAUUACAAAAUGGAUUAAAAAAUAUUCAAAGAAAUUUUAUUGAUAUAGAAGAAAAAGAAAUAAGAAAUGAAUUAAAAAAAUUAGCAAAAGACAUGGAACAUAAUAAAAAUGAAAUUGAAAAAACAGUUAAAUUAUCAAAAAUGUCAUUUUUACAGGAUAGAUCAAAUAAUUUAGCAAGAAUGACACCACUUAUAACUGUUGUUAAAGAUAAAUUAUGUAAUUUAGAAACUUCAGUUAACGAACGAAUAAUAUCAUCACAAAAAAUUGAUGACAUAGAAAAUACAUAUGAAAAAAGAAAUAUUAUUCAUACAUUACUUUUUAAAAUAAAUAAUGAAAUUCAAACAAUUUAUGAUUUGUGUAGGCAAAGAAAAGGAUAUGAUAAUAAUUUAGAAACUAUUGUUAAUGUUUUAAAUAAUGUUUGUGCUUAUAUUGAUGUUAUUAGAAGUAAAUUAGAUAUAAUUGAUAGUUUAGAAAAACAACAAAAACGUUACACAAUUAUGGUAGAUGAAAAAAAUGUGGAAAAAAAUAAAUUAAUUGAAACUUUAGAAAAAAAUUAUAAGAAGAAAAUUAAUGAAGAAAUGAAUUGUUUUAUUAGUAAUUAUGAUGAUUUAGGUACAGAAAAUAUUAAAGUUACUUGUAAAGUAGUUCGUGAAGAGGAACAUGAACAAAUAUUAAUUAUCCUUAAACCUAUACAUUUUAUUGAUAAAGAUGUUAUUUAUAAUUCUGAUGAUGUUGAUCAAUUUUAUGAGAUAAGUACAUUUGAUGAUCAAUCAUUAAUUAAUCAAGAAACAUUAUCAAUACAACAUAAUGUAACAAAAACUUCUCCAACAAAUGUAAAAGAUGUUAUUGAAGAAAAUAUUAAUAAUUCAACAUUAGAUAGUUUAAUUGAAUUAAAAAUUCAAGAAAAUAUACAAUUACCAUCUUCAUUAAUUAAUUAUUCUCCUAAUACAAGUACAUCAAAUGACAAAAUGAAUAAUAAUUUUGAAAUAGAAAAAAAUAAUGAUAUCAGUGUAUUUGUUGAUUUUAUCUCUCCAAAUAAAUCACCAAAUGCUAAUAUUAUAUGUAUUUUAGCAACUAAUGUACCAACACAAAAAAUUAGGCAAAAUUUAUUAGAUGAAAGGUGUUCUGUACAAUUAGUUGUUGAAGAAAGUGAAUAUGGUACUGAUACUGAAAUACAUGGAAAAAGAUUAUGGGAUAGAAAUUUAUUAAAUGAAAAUAUUAAAUCAAAUUUAAAAGGAAAUAAUAUUCAAAAAAAUUUAUCUUACAAAAAAUCAAAUGAAAUUUCUACAAUUAAAGAUAAAAAUCAAAAAUUAGAAAAAAUUAAUAGUGUUGAGUGUAAUACAGAUAACACUGAUGAUAAUGAAAUAAUUAUAAAUGAAAUUGAUGUUAAUGUAAAAUUAAGAAAAAAAAUACACUUAAAAACAUCUCCUAGUAAUGAUUCAUUGGCAUCCUUGGCAUUUUUUGAUAAUGGAUUGAUAGUAGUUAAAAAAAUUAAUGUGAAUUUAUAUGCUAAUGUAGUGGGUAAUUUUAUUGAAUUAGUAGAUAAGAUAUCAAAUAAUGUUGAUAUAUUAUUUAAUUUGGUAAAUGUACCAGUUACCAAUACUAAAAGUGUCAUAUUAAAUGAUUGUAAUUUAUCAAAAGUAAUAUAUGAACCUAAAAUGUUAAAAAAAAGUGAUGAAGAAGAAAAUUCAAUGUCUAUUGAUGAGGACUCUGAUUCAAUAUUUUCAAUUAAUCUUGCAAAAUUAAAUGUAUCAAUAGUUGCUAAGUCACUUAAUGACAUUUGUUAUUAUAAUAUUGAAGAAUUGGCAUUUUUUGAAUUAGAAUAUAAUAUUAUGUUAAAUGGUUCAUCAAAUAAUAAUAAUGAUAAUGAAAAUAAUAUUUUAUCAAAUUAUUUAGAUACAAAUAUUGAAAUUCAAGAAAAUAUACCUUUUAAUGUAUUAGUUACUGAAAAUAAUAUUAUAACAGAUGAUGGUACCUCAAAAUCAAUAUUAUCACAUUCAUCAUCAAUGAAAGAUUCAAAUAAAAGUUUAAUUAUUAGUAGAGAAGAAAGUCCAUUAAGUAAUGAAUUUACCAUACCAACAUAUAUAAUAAAAAAAGGUUCAACAGCAUCAAUAACUUGUGAAUUAAAUACAAAUUUUAGUAGAGAUGGUGAUGUUUCAUGGUUUAAAGGUAAAAAUAGAAUAUCAUAUGAAAAUGGAAGAAUUGAUAGAAUAUCUCAUGAUCUCUUAGAAGUUUUAAUUAUUAAUAAUGUUAAUGAAAAUGAUGCUGAUAUAUAUAGUUUAGAAGUAAUGAAUAAUAUUUAUCCAGUUGCAUAUCUUUCAAUUGAAGAUGGUAUGAGUGAUAGUAUAACUAAAAGUAUACCUAAAUUUAUUUCACCACCUCAAACACUUUUUGUUAUGGAGGGUCAAAAAGCAAUUAUAACAUGUCAAACUAAUAAAGAAGUACAUAAUUUAAUAUGGUAUAAAGAUAGGCAACCUCUUCAUAUGAGUGAUAAAAUUAAUUUUGAUAAUGAUAUUAAAAAUAAUAUUUAUAAAAUUAUUAUAAAUCAUACAAAUUUAUCAGAUCAGGGAACAUAUUAUGCAUGUUGUGGUGAAGAAACAACUUCAACAAAUUUGGUAAUUGAAGAAAUGAUUACAGAAAAAGAGAUAACUGUAUCAUCAACAGAUGAUGAAGAAAAUUUGGCUGAGUAUGUUGUUUCAUUAAACUCAACAGCUACCAUUGCAUGUGAAUUGGAGGAUGAUGAAUUUGUUCAAAAAUUUAUAUGGAAAAAAAAUGGUAAAGAUAUAUUUUUAGGAAAUGAAAAUAAAAUUGAACAUGUAAUUAAUAAUAAAAAACAUUAUCUUAUUAUUCAUAAUACAGAAGAAAGUGAUUCUGGAGUAUAUAGUGUUGAUAUUGAUGGAAAUCAAUUUAUGGUUGCUAAUAUUGUUGUAACAGAAUUUGAUGGAGAAAAUGAAUUAAGAAAUUACUCUAAGAAAAAAAGAAUAUCUUCUCAUAGUUUAACAAGAAAAAGUAUCAUUGAAGAGAGUGACAAUGAAGAUAAUGAAUCAAUAGUACCAUUAAAAAAUUUAUGUAAAGAAAAUAAUGUUGAUAACAAUUUUAAUAAAGUUCCUAACAGCUCUUGGGUAAAUACACAAAAUAAAAGUAUAAUCAAAGAUAAUACUAGUCAGAAAACUGAACAGGAUCAACUUUUACAUCAAAUGGAUAGUGUUGAAAUCAAUGAUUUUAACACUGAACUGGCAAAAGAUAUAACAUUAUUAGAAAGUAAUAUAACUAUAAAUGUUAAAAUUUCAAAACUUGAACAAGAAGAAGAAUAUUGUCAUAUUAAUUUUGUAUAUCCAGAAGAAUUUACUUAUCAUUCAAAGAAUACUUCUAUUUCCCUUACAAUAAAAAGUAUUAGAGAAGAGGUAAUUAGUGAUUCUGAUGAGACAACGAUUACAGAAUCAUUGUCAAAUACUUCUUACAAACAAUUAAAUGUAAAAAGUAUGGAUUUAGAUAAAGAAAAAAAGAAUAAUGAUUUUCCAAGUACUAUUUUAGAGGAAUAUGAAUAUGUUAGUGUUGAUGCAACACAAUUAACCGAUAAUCAAAAUUCUUCCCUUAAUACAUAUUAUUCUUUUGCUGAAAAUACCCAAGAAUUGUUGAAUGAUGAUAUUAUUGAAAUAGAUAAUCAAAGAAGAUCUUCUACCACAUUAACAGAAAGAAGUACUUUAUCUUCAAUUAGUAGUUUAGAAUGUAUAAAUAAUUUUGAAAGUUGUUAUUUUCAAGAUAUUUUACCAAAUAUUGUUGAUAUUCAUUUUCACAAUCCAUAUGAAGCAUUAAAUACUGAAAUUAUUGUUGAUACAACAAGAAAUAUUCAAUUAGAAUGUUCUUUAAAAACAAAAAAUUUAUUAAAAGAUUCAUCUCAAGAAUCUUUUUCAAAUGUUUCUGAAAUACAACAAUUUUUUGAUAUGAAAUUUAUUCAACAAAAAUUAAGUACUAGUUAUACUAUUUUUGAUAGACUAGUUGAAGAUGAUGAAAUAUCUGUUAAAACAACAUCAGAUGCAAUGUUAUUUUUUGAUUCACUUUCAAGUAUUUCAACAAGUACAGCAUACAAUACACCAAAAUUUUUAAAAAAUCUAUUUCCUAAAAGUAUUGUAUAUGAAAAUGAAGCAGCUAUUUUUAGGGUAUCAUUUUCAGGUAUACCAUUACCUAAUGCAAAAUGGUAUUGCAAUGGAAAUAUUCUUUUAAAUAAUAGUUUUUGCACAAUUUUAUGUGAAGAUGGAGUUUCAUUACUACGCAUUAGUGAUUGUAAUUUUCUUAAUAAUGAUGAUUAUAUAACUUGUCAAAUUGAUAAUGCAGCAGGCUCAGAAUAUACCGAGACAAAGAUAAAAAUAUUAAAAAACGAAACAAAUAUUUGCAAUAUUAAUUUAAAAAAUAUUGAUAAUUAUCAGGAUACUACAAUUAUUAUGACAUUAAAUGACAAAAUUAAUUUAACAAAAUAUAUUAAUAAAUCUUUGUUCUCUGAAUCAGAAAAAAUUUAUGAAGUAGAUAAUAUAUAUUAUAAUAAAUUAGAGGAUGAUGAAACAUCAAUGAAUUUUAAUUUUGAGGAACCUAAAUUUAUAAAAAAAUUACCAAAACAAAUAUAUUCUAUGGAAAAUGAAAAUAUAUAUUUGAAAUGUAUUUACAAAGGUUUUCCAGAACCUGUUGUAAUAUGGAAAAAAAAUAAUUAUUUAUUAGGAAAUAAUGAUAAAAUAAAUAUUAUUUCUGAAGAUGGAAUUACAAUUUUGAAACUUUAUAAUUUAACAGAAUAUGAUUGUGGUAUAUAUGAAUGCCAAAUUAAAAAUGGAUUAGGAAUGGUAAAAUGUCAGUGUAAUGUUAUCAUUGAAAAAAAUUAUAAAAAUAUAUCAACUAUUGUAAUUGAAGUUCGUUGUUGUAAAGAACCUCAAGAAGCAUAUCUUGGAAUUUUGGUGGAUGAAAAAUUAUUAAACGAAACAAUUAAGUCAACCACAACGAAAAGAAAUUUUGUUGAUCAUCGUUUUUCUGAGACUACAUUGACAGAUCAAGAAGAUUCUCAUACUAAUCAAAUAUUAGCUGAAUCUUCUGACGACUGUAAUGACGAAGCAUCCCCAAUAUUUAUAAAAAAAUUACCAAAAAUGAAAGAAAUAGAAAAAGGCGACAGUAUUGACUUUAAAGUUCUCUUUAUUGGAGAACCAAUUCCAGAUAUAAAAUGGGAAUUUGACUCAGAUGCCAUUCAAGGAGAUAUCACAAAGACUAUUGAAGAUGGUGUUGCUGUUUUUAAAGCUACCAAUGUUCUUUCAGAUUUAACAUUAACAUGUAUUGCGAAAAAUCGAAACGGAACUGAAAAAUGUUUUUGUAAAAUUGUUUUGAAACCAGGGCCAGAUGGAAAAACAAUUGAGAUGACUAAAAUAAAAAGUGAAGACGAUUUUUCAGAGUGUAGUAAUACUACAAACCAUGACGAAAAAAGUAAUUCUAAAAAUGAUAUUACUAAAAAUGAACCUGAAUUGGAUUUUGAAAAGAUUGACUUUGUUGAAAAUGAUACAUGUGAGUCAAAAGACAAUAUUGAAGAAAAAAAUGAAAUUUUUGAGGAUAAUUAUUAUGAAAAAUUAACGAAAAUAUUACAAAUCAAUCCAGAUAUUGAUAAUCUUAUUAAUGAAGUGACAGAAAAUAUAUUUUUAUCUGUUACUGAUGAGGUAAAAAAUGUUAUUAAAGAUAAAAAAAUAAAUACAUUUGAUAAAAGUAGUGAAGAUUUUUAUAAUAACAAAAUUGUUUCAAAUUCACCAUCCUGUGAAAAUUUAUUAUACACAAAAAGUGAUGAAUUUAAUACAAAUGAAUUGUCUGAUGAUAUGAUUAAAAAAAAAGAAAUAUUAUCCUCCGAAUUAUUUACUAACAUUCCUACACAUGAUUAUCAAAAUAAUCAAGGUAUAGAACAAGAGGAAAUUAAUAAAACCAAUAUAGAAAUUGAAAAGAUGGGAGAGUUAAGUGAAGAUGACUUUGAUAUCAUUGAUAUAGAAGAUUAUAAAGAUAAUAUAAAAACAUCAAAAGAUUUAUGUACUAAUGAUAACAUAGUCACAACUACUUUAGACAUUCAAAAUGAAAAAAAUACCAUAAAUGAUAUUAAUAUAAAUGAUAAUAUUGUUAAUAAUCAACAAAAAAUUAAAAAUGAAUUGGAAGAAAAUAUGAUAAAAGUUGAUUUAGAUACUCAAGAUUUACAAUUAUCAAAAAUAAAUGAAAAAAUUGAAGAAAUAUUAGAUAAAAGUAGUGAUUUUGAAAAUGUUAAUUAUAUUAACAAUAUUAUAAAUGACAAAGAUGAAAAUAUAAUUACAAAAGAUAUUAAUCCGCAACUUGAUAAUAUUGAAAAAGAAUCAAACUUUAUUGAAAUAUUAACAGAUGCCACAGAUAAUUUAGUUUUGAAUAUUGUGCAAAAUGUUUUUGAUGAAUUUGAAUUUGUCAAUAAAUCUAAUAUGCAAAAUUUACCAAAUAUUUGCCUACAAAAGGACAAGAAUAUUGACAAAAUUCAUAUUGACCAAAUCCAGGACAAAGGAGCAGCCAAGAAUGCAGCAGUUAACAGUGUGGUGGACAGCAAUGGAGAGGACAUCAGCAAAAUUGGCAACAUUGAAGCGGAUAUCAAUGGAAUAGAGAGCAAUGUAGCAGACAAGAAUGAAGUGGCUAACAAUGGAACUGACAUGAAUGGAACGGGCUUUGAUACAGAAUACAAUACUUUACCAAAGAACAAUGCUGUUGAAACAAAAGACAAUGUAGAAGUAGAAAAUGGAGAUUUAGUGGAAGAAAUUUCUACAGUUUUGAAUCCACAAAAUAAAUCUUCUUUUAUCAAUGAUAAAAUUGAGGAAGACAAAUCUAAGAAAAUACCAAGAGACUCAAAAGAAGAAGAAAAUAUUUUUAACAAUAUAAAUAACAAUUUAAUUGAAGAAAAUCAUGUCAUAAAUGAUAUUAAUUUAGAAAUAGAUUCAAGUGAUAUAAAUGAAGAAAAUGUGGCAAACAAUGUAACAGUUUUCAAACCCAAUGAUACUCGUAAUUUGAAUGUUGAAGUUUUAUAUGAAGAGUAUGAUGAAUGCCAAGAAACAUUUAAAAUGAAAAGAAAGGGUAAGAAGCAUUCGAAAAAAGUAGUUGAAAAAGGAAAUAAAGAAUUCAGUACGAAAAGUGGGAAAAUGGAAGAUGCAAUUACAGAUAAGAAUAUUAAAGUGUUAAACAAAAGUAAGGAUACGUCAAUUGAAGUUGAUGUUGUUGAUAAACAAAUAGAUGACUUAGAAAAAGAUAUAACAAAGAUAGAAAGUGUUUCAAAUUGUAAUAUUCAAAUUUCAAUAAACAAAGAGAUUCAAAAUGAAAUUGUCAAUGUUGAAGUUACUCAAGAAGAAUAUGAAGAAAUUAAUCAUGAUGAUAGUUUAAUCAAUAUUCAAUUUAAUGUAGAAAAUGAUCAAGAAGCAGAAAUUAUCAAAGUAGAAGUAAUAUAUGAGGAAUAUGAAAACGUUACUUCAAAUAUUGAGGAACAAAUAAUAAUUGAUAAAAUAAAGUCAGCUAAUAUAGUAGAGGACAAGAGUACAGAAGAGGAGAAAAGAAUAAAUGAAAAAUCAAAAGAAGAUGGUAACAAAGAUGUAAACGGACAACAGAAAGCUAUUACAGACGUUGAAACAAAUGUAGUUAUAGAUAAAAAAUCACUUUGUGAUAUAUUAAAUGUGGAAGUCUUGUACGAGGAAUAUGACAUAUGCUCAGAAAAAAUAAAAGAAAAUAAAAUAAGGAAUAAAAACAAAGAAGAAGACAAGUUAAACGACGGGGAUAUAGAUAUAACGAAAAAAAGAAUGGAACAAAUUGUUUCAGUUGAUGACAAGGAGCUUAUAGAAAAAAAAUUACAUAUGGAAAAUGAAAAGAAGGAAAAAGAUAACAAAGAAACUUUAAUUAAUGUUGAAGAAACAUCUGAAACAACUACAGUUAUGAACAAAAAAGAUCUAAACAAAACAUCAACUUCUUCAUUUAAUGAAGAGAAUCAUGAAUCACAAACUAUUAUACAAACAAAAAUGUUGCCAGAGAAAAUAGCAAUAUCAAAAGAAGAAAAUAAAAAGGAAGAAACAUUAACAGCACUAACAGAAGAAAAAAAGCAAGAAGAAUUGAAUCAAAUAAUUGAUGAAAAAAUAUUAGAAGUUCCAAACGUCGCUGUUAGUGAAAUUACAACAGAAAAGUCAAAAAGUUCAACAGAUGAACAAAAGAAUGAAGUAAUUAAAAUACCAGUAGAGGAGAAGAAGGAAAAAGUUACAACGCUUUAUGCUGGAGAAGAUUCAAUAAUAGAAAUAAAUAUUAGAGAUAAAACUGUUCUUAAAUCAACAGUCACGACAGAUAAACCAAUUCAAGUAAAGUGGUUAUUCAAUGGAAAAGAAAUUUCCAAGUUUAAAUAUAAAGUUCAUAAAAAUACAUCUGAAUUACCAAUAGUUUUAUCAACUGAUAAAGACUUUGGAGAAUAUAAAGUUGUCUUUACUUCUGGAAAAGAUUCUGUUGAACAGAAAUUUAACAUAAGAAUGACUCCACAAGAAAAGAAAGUAGAUGAAAAAAACAAACCAGAACAACCAAAAGUAUUAAUUGAAGAAAAAAAAACAGAUAAACCAAUGAUUCUGGAUGAAGAGAAAAAGACAGAUGAUAAACUAGCACCAAUUGAAGAAAUCAAACCAGUGGAAUCUAUACCACAAGUUGAUGAAAUCAAAUCAGAGGAGAUUAUCACAACCAAAGAGGAAGAAAAGCCAACAGAAUCAAAAGAUGUGAUUAAAGAAAAGAAAUCCGAAGAACUAUUGACUCCUGUUGAAGAAAAGAAGUCUGAAGAACAAUUGAAACCAAAUGAAGAAAUCGAACCAGUGGAAUCUUUACCACUAGUUGAUGUAUUGAAGUCAGAGGAGAUUAUCACAACCAAGGAGGAAGAAAAGCAAACAGAAUCAAAAGAUGCGAUUGAGGAAAAGAAAUCCGAAGAAAUAUUGACUCCUGUUGAAGAAAAGAAGUCUGAAGAACAAUUGAAAUCAAUUGAAGAAAUUAAACCAGUGGAAUCUACACCACAAGUUGAUGAAAUCAAAUCAGAGGAGAUUAUCAAAACUAAAGAGGAAGAAAAGCCAACAGAAUCAAAAGAUGUGAUUAAAGAAAAGAAAUCCGAAGAACUAUUGACUCCUGUUGAAGAAAAGAAGUCUGAAGAACAAUUGAAGCCAGUUGAAGAAAUCAAACCGGUAGAAUCUACACCACAAGUUGAUGAAAUCAAAUCAGAAGAGAUUAUCACGGCCAAAGAGGAAGAAAAGCCAACAGAAUCAAAAGAUGGGAUUGAACAAAAGAUAUCUAAAGAAUUAAUGAUUCCUGUUGAAGAAAUUAAACCAGUGGAAUCUACACCACAAGUUAAUGAAAUCAAAUCGGACGAGAUUAUCACAACCAAAGAGGAAGAAAAACCAACAGAAUCAAAAGAUGUGAUUAAAGAAAAGAAAUCCGAAGAACUAUUGAUUUCUGUUGAAGAAAAGAAGUCUGAAGAACAAUUGAAGCCAGUUGAAGAAAUUAAACCAGUGGAAUUAACACCACAAGUUGAUGAAAACAAAUCAGAAGAGAUUAUCACGGCCAAAGAGGAAGAAAAGCCAACAGAAUCAAAAGAUGGGAUUGAACAAAAGAUAUCUAAAGAAUUAAUGAUUCCUGUUGAAGAAAUUAAACCAGUGGAAUCUACACCACAAGUUAAUGAAAUCAAAUCGGACGAGAUUAUCACAACCAAAGAGGAAGAAAAACCAACAGAAUCAAAAGAUGUGAUUAAAGAAAAGAAAUCCGAAGAACUAUUGAUUUCUGUUGAAGAAAAGAAGUCUGAAGAACAAUUGAAGCCAGUUGAAGAAAUCAAACCGGUAGAAUCUAUACCACAAGUUGAUGAAAUCAAAUCAGAAGAGAUUAUCACGGCCAAAGAGGAAGAAAAGCCAAUAGAAUCAAAAGAUGUAAUUGAAGAAAAGAAAUCCGAAGAACUAUUGAUUCCUGUUGAAGAAAAGAAGUCUGAGGAACAAUUGAAACCAGUGGAAUCUACACCACAAGUUGAUGAAAUCAAAUCAGAGGAGAUUAUCACAACCAAAGAGGAAGAAAAGCCAACAGAAUCAAAAGAUGGGAUUGAACAAAAGAUAUCUAAAGAAUUAAUGAUUCCUGUUGAAGAAAUUAAACCAGUGGAAUCUACAGCACAAGUUAAUGAAAUCAAAUCGGACGAGAUUAUCACAACCAAAGAGGAAGAAAAGCCAACAGAAUCAAAAGAUGUGAUUGAGGAAAAGAAAUCCGACAAACUAUUAACUAGUGUUGAAGAAAAGAAGCCUGAAGAACAAUUGAAACCAGUUGAAGAAAUUAAACCAGUGGAAUCUACACCACAAGUUGAUGAAAUCAAAUCAGAGGAGAUUAUCACAACCAAAGAGGAAGAAAAGCCAACAGAAUCAAAAGAUGUGAUUAAAGAAAAGAAAUCCGAAGAACUAUUGACUCCUGUUGAAGAAAAGAAGUCUGAAGAAAAAUUGAAACCAGUUGAAGAAAUUAAACCAGUGGAAUUAACACCACAAGUUGAUGAAAACAAAUCAGAAGAGAUUAUCACGGCCAAAGAGGAAGAAAAGCCAACAGAAUCAAAAGAUGGGAUUGAACAAAAGAUAUCUAAAGAAUUAAUGAUUCCUGUUGAAGAAAUUAAACCAGUGGAAUCUACACCACAAGUUAAUGAAAUCAAAUCGGACGAGAUUAUCACAACCAAAGAGGAAGAAAAGCCAACAGAAUCAAAAGAUGUGAUUGAGGAAAAGAAAUCCGACAAACUAUUAACUAGUGUUGAAGAAAAGAAGCCUGAAGAACAAUUGAAACCAGUUGAAGAAAUUAAACCAGUGGAAUCUACUCCACAAGUUGAUGAAAUCAAAUCAGAGGAGAUUAUCACAACCAAAGAGGAAGAAAAGCCAACAGAAUCAAAAGAUGUGAUUAAAGAAAAGAAAUCCGAAGAACUAUUGACUCCUGUUGAAGAAAAGAAGUCUGAAGAAAAAUUGAAACCAGUUGAAGAAAUUAAACCAGUGGAAUUAACACCACAAGUUGAUGAAAACAAAUCAGAAGAGAUUAUCACGGCCAAAGAGGAAGAAAAGCCAACAGAAUCAAAAGAUGGGAUUGAACAAAAGAUAUCUAAAGAAUUAAUGAUUCCUGUUGAAGAAAUUAAACCAGUGGAAUCUACACCACAAGUUAAUGAAAUCAAAUCGGACGAGAUUAUCACAACCAAAGAGGAAGAAAAACCAACAGAAUCAAAAGAUGUGAUUAAAGAAAAGAAAUCCGAAGAACUAUUGAUUUCUGUUGAAGAAAAGAAGUCUGAAGAACAAUUGAAGCCAGUUGAAGAAAUCAAACCGGUAGAAUCUAUACCACAAGUUGAUGAAAUCAAAUCAGAAGAGAUUAUCACGGCCAAAGAGGAAGAAAAGCCAAUAGAAUCAAAAGAUGUAAUUGAAGAAAAGAAAUCCGAAGAACUAUUGAUUCCUGUUGAAGAAAAGAAGUCUGAGGAACAAUUGAAACCAGUGGAAUCUACACCACAAGUUGAUGAAAUCAAAUCAGAGGAGAUUAUCACAACCAAAGAGGAAGAAAAACCAACAGAAUCAAAAGAUGUGAUUGAAGAAAAGAAAUCCGAAGAACUAAUGGUUCCAGUUGAAGAAAAGAAGUCUGAAGAACGAUUGAAACCAGUGGAAUCUACACCACAAGUUGAUGAAAUCAAAUCAGAGGAGAUUAUCACAACCAAAGAGGAGGAAAAGCCAACAGAAUCAAAAGGUGCAAUUGAGGAAAAGAAAUCCGACGAACUAUUGACACCUGUUGAAGAAAAGAAGUCUGAAGAACCUAAAGCUCCAGUUGAAGCUAAGAAAGUAGAGGAAACUAAACCACCAGUUGAUGAAAAGAAAAAGGUUGAAGAAAAGAAGGUUGAAGAACCAACACUUUCUAUUGGAGAAGAUUCAGUAAUUGAUUUGAAUGUUGGAGAUAAAACUCUUCUUAAAUCAACUGUCAAGAGUGAUAAACCUGUUCAAGUCAAAUGGUUCUUUAAUGGAAAAGAAGUUUCUAAAUUUAAAUAUAAAGUUGUUGGAAAUACAACUGAAUUACCUAUUGUUUUAUCAACUGAUAAAGACUUUGGAGAAUACAAAGUUGUUUUUACUUCUGGAAAAGAUUCUGUUGAACAGAAAUUUAAUAUUAAAUUAAUACCACAGAAGAAGGAAAUUGUUGAAGAGAAGAAGGUUGAAGAACCUAAAGCUUCAAUUGAAGCUAAGAAAGCAGAAGAAACUAAACCUCCAGUUGAUGAAAAGAAAAAGGUUGAAGAGAAGAAGGUUGAAGAACCUAAAGCUCCAGUUGAAGCUAAGAAAGUAGAAGAAACUAAACCUCCAGUUGAUGAAAAGAAAAAGGUUGAAGAGAAGAAGGUUGAAGAACCUAAAGCUCCAGUUGAAGCUAAGAAAAUAGAAGAAACUAAACCUCCAGUAGAUGAAAAGAAAAAGGUUGAAGAGAAGAAGGUUGAGGAAUCUAAAGCUCCAGUUGAAGCUAAGAAAGCAGAAGAAACUAAACCUCCAGUAGAUGAAAAGAAAAAGGUUGAAGAGAAGAAGGUUGAAGAACCUAAAGCUCCAGUUGAAGCUAAGAAAGCAGAAGAAACUAAACCUCCAGUAGAAGAAAAGAAAAAGGUUGAAGAGAAGAAGGUUGAAGAACCUAAAGCUCCAGUUGAAGCUAAGAAAGCAGAAGAAACUAAACCUCCAGUUGAUGAAAAGAAAAAGAUUGAAGAAAAGAAGGUUGAAGAACCAACACUUUCUAUUGGAGAAGAUUCAGUAAUAGACUUGAAUGUUGGAGAUAAAACUAUUCUUAAAUCUACUGUCAAGAGUGAUAAACCUGUUCAAGUCAAAUGGUUCUUUAAUGGAAAAGAAGUUUCUAAAUUUAAAUAUAAAGUUGUUGGAAAUACAACUGAAUUACCCAUUGUUUUAUCAACUGAUAAAGACUUUGGAGAAUACAAAGUUGUUUUUACUUCUGGAAAAGAUUCUGUUGAACAGAAAUUUAAUAUUAAAUUAAUACCACAAAAGAAGGAAAUUGUUGAAGAGAAGAAGGUUGAGGAAUCUAAAGCUCCAGUUGAAACUAAAAAAGUAGAAGAAAUUAAACCUCAAGUAGAUGAAAAGAAAAAGGUUGAAGAGAAGAAGGUUGAAGAACCUAAAGCUCCAGUUGAAGCUAAGAAAGCAGAAGAAACUAAACCUCCAGUAGAAGAAAAGAAAAAGGUUGAAGAGAAGAAGGUUGAGGAACCUAAAGCUCCAGUUGAAGCUAAGAAAGCAGAAGAAACUAAACCUCCAGUUGAUGAAAAGAAAAAGGUUGAAGAGAAGAAGGUUGAGGAACCUAAAGCUCCAGUUGAAGCUAAGAAAGCAGAAGAAACUAAACCUCCAGUAGAUGAAAAGAAAAAGGUUGAAGAGAAGAAGGUUGAGGAACCAACACUUUCUAUAGGAGAAGAUUCAGUAAUAGACUUGAAUGUUGGAGAUAAAACUAUUCUUAAAUCAACUGUCAAGUCUGAUAAACCUGCUCAAGUCAAGUGGUUCUUUAAUGGAAAAGAAGUUUCUAAGUUUAAAUAUAAAGUUGUUGGAAAUACAACUGAAUUACCCAUUGUUUUAUCAACUGAUAAAGACUUUGGAGAAUACAAAGUUGUCUUUACUUCUGGAAAAGAUUCUGUUGAACAGAAAUUUAAUAUUAAAUUAAUACCACAAAAGAAGGAAAUUGUUGAAGAGAAGAAGGUUGAGGAAUCUAAAGCUCCAGUUGAAGCUAAGAAAGCAGAAGAAACUAAACCUCCAGUUGAUGAAAAGAAAAAGGUUGAAGAGAAGAAGGUUGAAGAACCUAAAGCUCCAGUUGAAGCUAAGAAAGCAGAAGAAACUAAACCUCCAGUUGAUGAAAAGAAAAAGGUUGAAGAGAAGAAGGUUGAGGAACCUAAAGCUCCAGUUGAAGCUAAGAAAGCAGAAGAAACUAAACCUCCAGUAGAAGAAAAGAAAAAGGUUGAAGAGAAGAAGGUUGAGGAACCUAAAGCUCCAGUUGAAGCUAAGAAAGCAGAAGAAACUAAACCUCCAGUAGAUGAAAAGAAAAAGGUUGAAGAGAAGAAGGUUGAGGAACCAACACUUUCUAUAGGAGAAGAUUCAGUAAUAGACUUGAAUGUUGGAGAUAAAACUAUUCUUAAAUCAACUGUCAAGUCUGAUAAACCUGCUCAAGUCAAAUGGUUCUUUAAUGGAAAAGAAGUUUCUAAGUUUAAAUAUAAAGUUGUUGGAAAUACAACUGAAUUACCCAUUGUUUUAUCAACUGAUAAAGACUUUGGAGAAUACAAAGUUGUUUUUACUUCUGGAAAAGAUUCUGUUGAACAGAAAUUUAAUAUUAAAUUAAUACCACAAAAGAAGGAAAUUGUUGAAGAGAAGAAGGUUGAGGAAUCUAAAGCUCCAGUUGAAGCUAAGAAAGCAGAAGAAACUAAACCUCCAGUUGAUGAAAAGAAAAAGGUUGAAGAGAAGAAGGUUGAGGAACCUAAAGCUCCAGUUGAAGCUAAGAAAGCAGAAGAAACUAAACCUCCAGUAGAUGAAAAGAAAAAGGUUGAAGAGAAGAAGGUUGAGGAACCUAAAGCUCCAGUUGAAGCUAAGAAAGUAGAAGAAACUAAACCACCAGUUGAUGAAAAGAAAAAGGUUGAAGAGAAGAAAGUUGAGGAACCAACACUUUCUAUUGGAGAAGAUUCAGUAAUAGACUUGAAUGUUGGAGAUAAAACUAUUCUUAAAUCUACUGUCAAGAGUGAUAAACCUGUUCAAGUCAAAUGGUUCUUUAAUGGAAAAGAAGUUUCUAAAUUUAAAUAUAAAGUUGUUGGAAAUACAACUGAAUUACCCAUUGUUUUAUCAACUGAUAAAGACUUUGGAGAAUACAAAGUUGUCUUUACUUCUGGAAAAGAUUCUGUUGAACAGAAAUUUAAUAUUAAAUUAAUACCACAAAAGAAGGAAAUUGUUGAAGAAAAGAAGGUUGAAGAACCUAAGGCUCCAGUUGAAGCUAAGAAAGCAGAAGAAACUAAAGCUCCAGUUGAUGAAAAGAAAAAGGUUGAAGAGAAGAAGGUUGAGGAACCUAAAGCUCCAGUUGAAGCUAAGAAAGCAGAAGAAACUAAACCUCCAGUAGAUGAAAAGAAAAAGGUUGAAGAGAAGAAGGUUGAGGAACCAACACUUUCUAUAGGAGAAGAUUCAAUAAUAGACUUGAAUGUUGGAGAUAAAACUAUUCUUAAAUCUACUGUCAUGAGUGAUAAACCUGUUCAAGUCAAAUGGUUCUUUAAUGGAAAGGAAGUUUCUAAAUAUAAAUAUAAAGUUGUUGGAAAUACAACUGAAUUGCCCAUUGUUUUAUCAACUGAUAAAGACUUUGGAGAAUACAAAGUUGUCUUUACUUCUGGAAAAGAUUCUGUUGAACAGAAAUUUAAUAUUAAAUUAAUACCACAAAAGAAGGAAAUUGUUGAAGAAAAGAAGGUUGAAGAACCUAAGGCUCCAGUUGAAGCUAAGAAAGCAGAAGAAACUAAAGCUCCAGUUGAUGAAAAGAAAAAGGUUGAAAAACCUAAAGCUCCAGUUGAAGCUAAGAAAGCAGAAGAAACUAAAUCACCAGUAGAUGAAAAGAAAAAGAUUGAAGAAAAGAAGGUUGAGGAACCGACACUUUCUAUUGGAGAAGAUUCAGUAAUAGACUUGAAUGUUGGAGAUAAAACUAUUCUUAAAUCUACUGUCAUGAGUGAUAAACCUAUUCAAGUCAAAUGGUUCUUUAAUGGAAAAGAAGUUUCUAAAUUUAAAUAUAAACUUGUUGGAAAUACAACUGAAUUACCAAUUGUAUUAUCAACUGAUAAAGAAUUUGGGGAAUAUAAAGUUGUCUUUACUUCAGGAAAAGAUUCUGUUGAACAGAAAUUUAAUAUUAAAUUAAUACCACAAAAGAAGGAAAUUGCAGAUGAAACAAACAGUUUAAAUGAUAAUGAAAUUUUACCUUAUGACAAGAAAUAUGAUACUGAAUUUGAUGAAUUUGUAGACAAAAAAUCUGUCGUUUCAUCUAUUGAUUUGAAACAAAAUGUUUCAAAAGAUAAUGAUUUUAACGACAAUACAUCUUUUAAGAAAUCAAAAAAUAAACUUCUUAAAUCUACUUCUGUUACUGAAGAAAAUGAUCAUUCCUCUUUUGAUUUCUUUGCUGACAUAGAAAUUGAUAAUGGUGAAGAAUAUUCUGAAACUGAAGCUGUUGUUGUUUUGGCAGAGUAUAUUAUAUUUAAGGAACCUAAUUUAGAUGUGUUUAUUGAAGAAGAAGGAUUUGUUUUGAUUGAAACCGAUACAAUGGAUAUUGACGUUACUGUUGUUGAAGAAUUUGAUGACAGUGAAAUUCUUGCUAUUAUUCCAGAUUCUCCCUUGACAUCUUCAAUAUCGGAAUCAUUCACACUUGAUAAAGAAAUUGAAGUACCAGAUAAAAAGAAGAAAAAGAAAGAUGUAAAAUCUAAAAAAUCUAAAAAAAUUGUGGAUAAAGAGAUAUUUGAUAAUGAUAGUGAUUCUGCUAUCACAUCACCUAUUUCAAAUUCUACAUCAAAUCUGGAUCAAAGUGAUAUAUUCUCAAUAUCAGAAACAUUACUUAAUGUAUCAGUUGUUAAAAAAUAUGAUAAAGAUGAGUUAGUGGUAAGUUCAUAUAAUGAACAUGAAAAAUUAUUAGAAAAAAAUGAAAAAUCACAAAAGAUUAAAAAGAAGUCAAAAAAGAAGACAUGUAUUAAUAAUGAUAUGACGAUUGAAGAAACUUCUAAAAUUAUGGAACCACUUGAAAAUCAAAAAUCAACAUCAAAAGAAGAUUCUAUUUAUUUUCCAGAUAAAUCAUCAACAGCGAAGUGUUUAAAAAAUAACAAAACAAAGGAAGAUUUUGUUAGUAAAAAGAAAAAAUUAGUGGAAACAAAAAUUUCAAAAGAAAAAUGUGUAUCAAAUAAAGAAAAAAAUGAAACAUCUUUGUAUAAUGAUACAAAUGAAAAAUGUACACUUGAUGAGACAAGUAAAUCUAUUGUGAAGGAUAGUAUUUCUCAAGAUGAAAUUACAAAGGAAUUUGUAAUUAGAAAUAAAAUUUUUGAUAGCCAAACAAUAAUGAGAACAAUUGAUGAAUGUAUAUCUAAUGAAAAAACUAUAAUAAAUUUGUCGCCUAUUGCAAAAGUAAAUAAUUACUCUAAUGGACGUAGUAUUCCUUCUGUAAUAGAAUCUACUAAUGAAUAUAAUAUACAAAUUAAUGAUUUUGACAAUAGUAAGCAACUCGUAGUAACUGACAAAGACAAUUCAUCUAUUGAAGAAUUUCAAAAAUGUGCCAUAAAUAAAAAUGAUUCCAAUACAUUUACUAAUAAUUUCCAAGAAAGUGAUAAUAAUGAAGUAUCAUUCGAUAAAACAGCAAAAAAAGUUAAAGCACCUCUUAAAUCAUUAAUUAAAAAGAAAGAAAUUUCAGUUAGUCAGAGCUUUAAUCUUUGUAAUACCCCACCUUCAAAAAUACCAUCUAAAUGUAGUAUUGAGGUAAAUCUUUUUGAAAAGACCAAAGAAAGUAUAAAUUAUAGUAUGGAUAUUAUUGAAAAUAAAAGUAUUAGUAAAACUGAUACUUGUAAGAAGAAUAAAAAAAGUUCCACUACCAAAAAUAAUAAAUUAAAUGAAAAAAAUUUAUCAAAAGAUAUUAAUGACCAAAAGUGCUUUGAUUUAGAAAAGAUUGAUUUUGAUAAACAAAGUACUACUAAACAUAAAGAGGUAAAAGACAAAAAUAUAAUACCAAAUGAAAAUGAAAUAAAACAAUUGAUUGGUGAUCAUUUUCAAUCAACUUCUGAAAAUAAGUUAGAUGGAAAUAAUUUACCUGAAAUCAAAGAGAAAAUUAUUUCAAAAAUUGAUGAAAACACUGAUACAAUUGAAGUUCUUAACACAUUAAAAAACUUAAAACAAGCCAAAAUUAAUGUUAAUUCAAAACCAUUUAAAAAUAUUAAACAACUUGCUGAAAAUAAAAUAAAUAUAGUAGAGUUAGAAGAAGUGGUUAAAUCUAUUAAUUUAGUAAAAACUGAAGAAUUAGAUGAAACUGCUAUUACCAUUAACAUUAAAAAUAAUGAAAUUAAUCUGGAACCAACUAUUUCAGCAGCAUUAGUAAAGAUUUGUGAUUUCAAAAAUGGAAGUAUAAAUAAAACACAAGAUGUAAUAAGUGGAAUUAUGGAAAGUGAAAAAGAAACUAAUUAUUGUCAAAAAAUCAUUGAUUUUAUUGAUAACAUUAACCAGAUAAAUCAAAAUGAUGUUGAAAAAAUAAUACCAUCAUCAUUAUUAACAAAAUAUGAUGAAGUUACAGAAAUUCCAAAGACAUCAUUAUUUAAAGAAAUAUUUUUAAUAAUUGAUGAAAUAAAAAAGAAUGAUUGUAAAAAUAUAACAAUUCCGUUGAAAAAUGUAUUAUCAAAAGAUGAAUUAAAAAAUUAUGGAAAAAAUGUUAUCAACUUAGUACAAUAUUUAGAUGAGAUACCAGACAACGAUUUACAAAAUUUGUCAUUGGCAUUAUCAGAGAAAAAAAAAGAAAUGACAUUUAAAGUAAAAGCUAAUACACACAAAAAAUUAAUUACUAUGAUUAAAGAUAUUAAAAAUUGUAAUAUUAACACAAGAUAUUUUGAUGAUAACGUUAUUGGAGACAAUUUACAACUAAAAAAUAUUGGCCUUUUAUUAAGGAAAGUUGAAGAAUUACCAUAUGAAUUAUUAAAUAAUAUUUUACUUGCCUCGGAAAGUUCUAAUGAAGAAUUUCCUUCAAAUGUUUGUCACAUUGAUCCACUAAAAAAAGUACGAAAAGUAAAAACUAUAUCGAACAAGAAGAUUGAUUCAAACAGUCAUAAUGAAAAGAAAAAUAAAAUUGUUGACAAACAUUUAGAAGACAAACAGGAAGGAAGCACUUUUGAAAAGUCUUCUGAAAUAUUAGAACAGAUAAAUGAGAGCAUUUUUGAUAAAGAAAAAGAAGUACAUAAUAAUGGUUAUACAAAAGAUGAUAUGGUUAAAAAUCCUUUAUUUGAAAAACAUGAAGAUAUAAUACUUGAUGACAAUUUAAAUUUGGAAAAACCAAAUGAAAGUUUGUUAAACAAUUCAAAAUUAACUGAAAAAAAUGAGGAAAAAGUUUUAGCAAGUAAAAAUAAAAAAUCAAUUAAAUGUAAAACAGAUAUGAUAUCUAAAGCAAUCAAAAAUAUGAAAACAAAAGAGGAAUCUAUAAAUUUGAGUCAAUCAAACAAAAUAACACCUACUGAGUUUGUUAGUGAUUCUGUAAAUAAAAAACAAAUUGCCUCUCAGGAUGUUGAUAAUUUGGUAGAUGAUUCAGAGUAUUGUGCUAAAAAUACCUCAGAAAUAUGUAUAGAAAAAAUGGAUGAAAAAAUUCUUUCUGACUUGACAUUAUCUAAUACUAAGGAUAAAAAAUUAAAUGAAAGUGAAGAUAGUUCAGAAACACUGAUUAUUAACAAUAAAGAUUUAACAACGGAUAAAAAUCAACCUCCAGAUGAUGAUAUAUCUAAUGGUGUUAUAAUAAAAAAGUCGUCUAAAACAAUAGAAUACCAAUCAUUAAAAUUAGAACCUCCAAAUUUUGCCGUCAAACAUUAUGAAUACGAUUUACAAUAUGGUGACAACAUUGUGGUUAAACAACAAUUGAUUGCAUAUCCAGAGCCAACUAUAACAAUAAUUAUGAACAAUGAAAUUCUAGAACCAAAUGAUAAUUUAAAAGUUAUAGUUGAAAAAGAAAAUUCUACAUAUUUAAUAAAUAUAUUAAUUCAUGAAAUUGAUUUUCAUUUUAAUGGUCAAUUAUCAAUAGUAGCUUCAAAUGUUGUGGGAACUGAUAAAAGUGUUGCUUCAAUUAAAGUUCAUAAUGGACACCACUUACCAAGUAAAAUUCCACCACCCAAAAUUUAUGGUGAAAAAGAAAAGUAUGUCAAAGAAGAUGAUAAUAUGAAAUUAAUUUAUACAAUAAGAUCAAUGGAAAUUCCAGAAGUACGAAUAUACAAAAACAAUGUCUUUGUUGAAGAUUAUAGGUUUAAAAUUAACAAAAAAAAUAAAGAAUAUGUUGUGUCGUUUAAAAUAGAAAAAUUGUCUUUGCAUGAUAGUGGUGAAUAUACUUGUAAAGCCCUUAAUAAAGGUGGUGAAACAAGUAUAACAACUAUAGUCCAUGUUAUAAAAAAAGAUACACAAUCAAAGGAACAAGAAUCAAAAGAUAAUAAUCAAUUAAAGGAUUCCCAAAUUGAAGAUAUUCAACAAUCGAAUGUUCAGCAAAAGAAAAGAAAGAAUACACCAAAAGCUUUAAAGAUUCCAAAAGAAAUAAACUCUUUAUAUGGCGAACCAAGCACCAAAGUUUCAACAUUAAAUGUUACAGCAGAAAUAGAAGCUGAUACCCGACUUAAAGAUGUAUCUCGAAUAAUUCUUAGUCCAGCUGAACCAUUAUCAGCUUCUAUUAGUGUAAAAAGUCCAUUGUAUAUACAGGAUGAUAAUGAUCAAAGAACAAUUAAAGAUGAACAAGAUGAUAUUCAAAAUGAUAAAAAGGAUAAUAAUGAAAUAAAAAAUGACAAAAUUAAAAAAAUUAAAAAAGUUUUGAAAAACAAAGUCGAUGAAACAAUAGACGAUAAAGAUAUUAAAAAUAAAAAAUCAGAAGACAUUACAAAUGAUUCAGAAAAAGAAGUUGACAAAUUAAGAAAAACAUCUAAAAAUGAAGUCAUAGAUAUUUCCAAAUCAAAGGUUGAUGAGAAAGCUGACGAUGAAUCUAAACAAGAAGAAACUACUUCUAAACCUAAAAAAAUAAAAGAUAGCAAAGAAUUAUCUAAACCUAAAGUCAUUGAGAAAGUUGAUGUAACAACAAGUGAAGAAAUACAAGAAAAUGAUUCUAAACAAAAUGAAGUUGUUUCGAAACUUAAAAAAGACAAAGUUAAAGAUACAAAAGAAAUUUCUAAACCUAAAGAGGAUGAAAAAGUUAAGGAUGAGUUUAAAAAAGAUGAAGGUGUCUCUAAAAUUAAAAAAGAAAAAGUUGAAGAAACAAAAGAAGUUCCUAAACCUAAAGUCGACAAAAAGGUUGAUGAAACUAAGAUUAAAGAUGAUUCCAAACAAGAUGAAGUUGUUUCAAAACUUAAAAAAGAAAAAACUGAAGAUAAAAAAGAGAUUUCUAAACCUAAAGAGAAUGAAAAAACUAAAGAUGAAACUGUCUCUAAACUUAAGAAAGAAAAAAUUGAAGAAACAAAAGAAGUUCCUAAACCAAAGGUCGAGGAGAAGGUUACUGAAACUAAAGCAAAAGAUGAUUCUAAAAAAGAUAAGGCUGAAGAUAAAAAAGAAGUUACUAAGCCUAAAGAGAAUGAUAAAAAAGAUGAGGCUGUCUCCAAACUUAAAAAAGAAAAAGUUGAAGAGAAGGUCACUGAAACUAAGGCUAAAGAUGAUUCCAAACAAGAUGAAAUUUCUUCAAAACUUAAAAAAGAUGAGACUGAAGAUAAAAAAGAAAUUUCUAAACCUAAAGAGGAUUCUAAAAAAGAUGAAGCUAUUUCUAAACUUAAGAAAGAUAAAGUUGAAGAAACAAAAGAAGUUCCCAAGCCAAAAGUCGACAAAAAGGUUGAUGAAACUAAGGCUAAAGAAACAUCUAAAGACGAUUCCAAACAAGAUGAAGUUGCUUCAAAACUUAAAAAAGAUAAGACUGAAGAUAAAAAAGAUAUUUCUAAACCUAAAGAGGAUUCUAAAAAAGAUGAAGCUGUUUCUAAACUUAAAAAAGAAAAAGUUGAAGAAACAAAAGAAGUUCUUAAACCAAAGGUCGAAGAGAAGGUUGCUGAAACUAAAGCUAAAGAUGAUUCUAAAAAAGAUGAAGUUGCUUCAAAACUUAAAAAAGAUAAGCCUGAAGAUAAAAAAGAGAUUUCUAAACCUAAAGUGGAUGAAAAAGUUAAAGACGAUUCUAAAAAAGAUGAGGCUGUCUCCAAACUUAAAAAAGACAAAAUUGAAGAAACAAAAGAAGUUCCUAAACCAAAAGACGAAGAGAAAGUUACUGAAACAAAGGCUAAAGAUGAUUGCAAACAGGAUGAAGUUGCUUCAAAACUUAAAAAAGAUAAGACUGAAGUUAAAAAAGAGGUUUCUAAACCUAAAGAGGAUGAAAAAACUAAAGAUGAAACUGUCUCUAAACUUAAGAAAGAAAAAGUUGAAGAAACAAAAGAAGUUCCUAAACCAAAGGUCGAGGAGAAGGUUGCUGAAACUAAAGCUAAAGAUGAAGUUGCUUCAAAACUUAAAAAAGACAAGGUUAAAGAUGCAAAAGAAAUUUCAAAACCUAAAGAGGAUGAAAAAGUUAAGGAUGAUUCUAAAAAAGAUGAAGCUGUCUCUAAAAUUAAAAAAGAAAAAGUUGAAGAAACAAAGAAAGUUUCCAAACCAAAGAUCGACAAAAAGGUUGAUGAAGCUAAGGCUAAAGAUGAUUCCAAACAAGAUGAAGUUGCUUCAAAACUUAAAAAAGAUAAGACUGAAGAUAAAAAAGAGAUAUCUAAACCAAAAGUUGAUGAAAAAGUUAAAGAUGAAGCUGUCUCCAAACUUAAAAAAGAAAAAGUUGAAGAAACAAAAGAAGUUUCUAAACCAAAAGUCGACAAAAAGGUUGAUGAAUCUAAGGCUAAAGAAACAUCUAAAGAUGAAUCUAAACAAAUUGAAGUUGCUUCAAAACUUAAAAAAGACAAGACUGAAGAUAAAAAAGAUAUUUCUAAACCUAAAGAGGAUGGAAAAGUUAAAGAUGAGGCUGUUUCUAAACUUAAGAAAGAAAAAGCUAAAGAUACCAAAGAAGUUUCCAAACCAAAAGUUGAGAAGAAAAUUACUGAAACUAAAGCAAAUGAUGAUUCUAAAAAAGAUAAGUCUGAAGAUAAAAAAGAGACUUCUAAACUUAAAGAAGAAGAAAAAGCUAAAGAUGAAGCAGUUUCAAAACUUAAAAACAAAGAUACAAAAGAAACUACUAAACCAAAGGUUGACGAAAAAGUGGAUAAAAUCAAGGCUAAAGAUGAAUCUAAAAAAGAAGAAGUUACUUCAAAACUUAAAAAAGAGAAGGUUGAAGAUACAAAAGAAGUUUCUAAACCAAAAGUUGUUGAAAAAGCUAAAGAUAAAUCUAAGGAAGAAGAACCUGUCUCCAAACUUAAGAAGGAAAAAGUUAAAGAUACCAAAGAAACUCCUAAAUCAAACGCUGAAGAAAUUGAGAGUAAUAAUUUACUGGAAGAUGAUUCUAAAGAGAUUUUGCCUAAAGAUGAUGUAGUUGAAAGCAGAGAUACAUUGACAAUUGACUCUAAACAAGAUGAAACUGUUUUAAAACCUAAGAAGAAAAAAGUUAAAGAUUCAAAAGUACUUUCUAAACCAGAAAUUGAUGAAGAAACAAUUAAUGACGAUUCAAAUGUUAAUGACAUAUUUGAUGAGAUUUCAUCUAAAAAAUUGUCACAUGCUAAAGAAUUAGAUGUUGAAGAAAGUUUUGCUACAAAAGAUAAAACUGUGGUUUCAGAUGAUUUUGAAAAUUAUGAAAUAAAUGAAGAUGAUUCAGCAGAUUUUAGUUUUGUAACUAAAGAUGAUAUGGACAAUGCCACUGAAUCAGUUGAAAUGAAAAUUAAGAAGAGGCAACCAAGAAGAGGUUUUGCUUUAAAGCCAUCAUCAAAAGUGUAUGGAAAGAGAGGUUCUACUGUUAAACUUGAGUGUGAAUUAUUCCAUGAAAAUGAUAAAGUAACAUGGAAGUUAAACAACUCUGAUAUUGAUGAUCCAAGAAUUACAAUUGAGGAAAUGCCUUACUUCUCUAAAUUAAUAUUUAAAGAUGUCCUUCCAACUGAUAGUGAUUCUAUUAUUGAGUACACAACAAAUGAUGGUGAGAAAGAUGUCUCGGGUCAAUCAUGUCUUCAAAUUGACGAUAUUCCUGUAAGUUUCAUUAAAUAUCUUGAAAGAAAAUAUCAUGGUGAAGAAAAUGGAUCGAUUGAUAUAUCUGUCACUUUAACAUACUCUACUGAUAACUUUGAGUGGUUGGUAAAUAAAGUUAAAGUUACUGAUAGUGAAAAAUAUAAAUUAUCACUUGUUAAUGAUGAAUAUAUUUUACAUAUUGAAAAUCUUGAAUACAAUGACGGUGGACUUAUUGAAUUUAUUGCAAAUAACUCAUUAAAUUGUUCUGGUAAUCUUGAAAUUUAUGGAAAACCAUAUAUUUUAAAUAAAAUAAAUGAUAGUGAGAAAAUUAUUGGAGACAUCGAUGACAAAAUAACUCAUUCAUGGGAUAUUAAGUCUAAUCCAGAACCUGAAUGUGAAAUUUUCUUUAAUGAUUGUAAAGUUGACAUUGGUAUUCGUUUCAAUGUACAAGUUAUUGACAAUAAAAUAAUAUUAACAAAACGAAAUGUAUCUAGAAAAGACAGUGGAGAAUAUAAGUUACGUGUAUUUAAUAAUUAUGGUGAAGAUUUUGAUACUUUCCAUAUCUUUAUUAAUGAUGUUCCUUUACCACCAACUUCUGUAUAUAUUAACGAAGUUUGUCAUGAUGCUGUUACAAUUUCAUGGUCAUCUCUAGAUAAUAAUGAAGAUUCCAUUAUAACAGGAUAUAUUAUUGAAAUGAAAGAAAGUGAUAGAAGAGUUUUUAAAAGAGCUGGUCAUACUCAUGGAAAUAAAAUGGAAUAUACAAUUGAAAAUCUUGAUAUGAAUACUGAAUAUCUUAUUAGAGUAGCAGCAACUAACAAAUAUGGAACAAGUGAAUUCACAGAACCUAUAACUGUAAAAACAAGUUCACCAUAUAAAUCACCAACUAUAUCAUCACCACCUACAAUUACAAAUAUUACAAAUAAUGGUUGUGAAUUAAGUUGGGAAGAAUGUACAGAAAAUGGUGGAUCUGAAAUUUAUUGUUAUGAUGUCUUUGGAAAUGAAAAUGAAAAAGGAUGGUUUAAAAUUAAUUCAUCUCCAAUAUUUACAUGUAAUUAUGUGGUUAAAGGAUUAAAAUAUUCUGAUGAUGAAAAUUUGAUAAAUUAUCAAUUUAAAGUUGAAGCAACAAAUGGUGCAGGAAUUACCUCAAACAGUAAUUUACCAUCUGAUACUUUAACAAUGGCUAGAAAGAUUUCAAAACCAAAAACUAUUACAAACAUUCCAAUUAUUACAAUAACAAGUUGUGACUCUGUAACAGUUGAUUGGAUUUGUUCUGAAUCUCCUGAAGAUUGUACUUCAUAUACUAUUUACUAUAAAAAUGAAGAAUCUGGAACAGAUGUCUGGAAAUCUGUAAAAGCAUCAACACCACCUGUAGUAAUUGAUGGAUUAAAAGAAGGAAUUAAAUAUAUAUUUAAAGUAUGUGGAGAAAAUAAUGAAGGUGAAGGAGAAUGUAGUGAAAUUUGUAAACCAAUAAGAAUGCUUGCAAAUGAAUCACCACGUUUCACAAAAACUCUUAGAAAUGUUUCUAUAGCUAAAAAAUCAUUAUUACAAUUGGAAUGUCAUGCAAUCGGAGAACCAUCACCAACAUAUAUUUGGUAUCAUGAUAAUGUUGAAAUAACUCCAGAUGACAAAAAUGAUUAUGAAAUUUCAACUGAAGGUUUUUGUACUACUCUUAAAGUACAUAGAAUAAAUGAUUCACAUUCUGGAAGAUAUAGAUGUACAGCAAUAAAUGAAUAUGGUGAAGAUAAAACAGAAUGUAGUGUUAAUGUUGCUGAAGUUAGAGCUCAUUUUAUUUCAACUUUCCCCGAAUUCUCUUCUGUUGAAGAAGGAUCAACAUUUGAACUUGUUUGUGAAUUAUCAGAUGAAGAUGCUUGUGUUACAUGGUUUAAGAAUGGUAAAAUAAUUAAUGAAUCAGCAACUGCAAAAUAUGAUAUUAUUGCUGAUGGCUCAAUUAGAAAAUUAAGAGUUAAAGAAGCAACUGUUUUUGAUAGUUGUGAUUAUACUUGUGUAACUUCUGAAGGUAGAAGAGCAAUGGGAGAAGUUGAAGUUUGUGAAAAACCACCAUAUAUUGAAGUUGGACCUCAAGAUUAUACUGUUACUUCAUUUGGUGAAACAGUAAAACUUUCUUGUGUUACAAGUUGCCCUGUAAGAGUUGUUAAAUGGUAUAAAAAUGGAAAAGAAAUUUGGCCUCAAUCAGGAAAAACUUUCAUGAACAAAGAAGAUUGCUUAUGCUAUCUUGAUAUUUAUGAUUUCAGUGAAAAAGAUAUUGGUGAAUAUAGUGUAAAAAUUGGAUCUGAUGGUGGUGAUGUUUCAGCUCCAGCAUUUAUUAAUAUGUUGGUUUCACCAGAAAUUCAAAUUAUAUCAUAUAAUGGUGAUUCAGAGAUUCAUGUUGGUAAAGACUUAUUUAUACAAGUUGAACUUUAUGGUGUUCCUAAACCAAUAUUAUCAGUUACAUUAAACAAUGAAAAUAUAAAAUCUAUUGGUGGUAAAAUUGAAGAAUAUGAAAAUGAAGCUACAAUAAGACUAAAUCAUCUUGAAAGAAUACAUACUGGAAUGUUAAAACUUAUAGCACAAAAUAGUGUUGGUGUAGAAGAAAAAGGAUCUAGAAUAAAUGUUGUUGAUAUUCCAUCACCACCAACAAAUCUUAGAAUAAGUGAUAUUAGACCUACCAAAGUUAAAUUAACAUGGGAAAUACCAGAUGAUGAUGGUGGUUGUCAAAUUGAUCACUUACUUGUUGAAAGAAAAACUGCAGAACAUAAUAGAUGGAGAAUUAUACAAAAAUUAAAAUCAUUUAAAGAAGAAUAUUUAGUUGAAGAUUUAUAUCCUGAUGAAGUAUAUGCAUUCCGUAUUGUAGCAGUAAAUAAUGUUGGAAGAUCUGAUCCAUCAAACAUUGUUGAUUGUAUAACACUUGAUUGUGACUCAGAAGAUACUUCAUUAAUAGAAGCUUUUAUUGUUGAUCAAUUUUUACAACCACCAAAUAAACCUGAUAUUCAAAGUAAUGGAUUUUUUGCUGAAGUAUCAUGGGAUGAAAUAAUACUUGCUGAUGAAUAUGUAGUAGAACGAAAAGAAGAAGAUGAUAAAUUAUGGCUUGAAUUAUGUAUUACAGAUAAAUGUCAUUAUCAAGAUAGAAGUUGUAGAGCUACUGGAAAAUAUCUUUAUAGAAUUUCAAGUAAAUCAGGAAAUAAAAGAAGUUUCCCUGGUGAAGCAACAGAAUUUGUAUUUUUACUACCAGUAAAAGUUUCUGAAAAAGACAUUUCAGUUGACAAACAAAUUGAUGAAACAUUAGAUGUUGUCAAUAAUGAUGUUGAAGAAAUCACUAAUAAUAUUAGUAACAAUAUUGAAGAAACUAAUAAUAUUAUUAGUAGUGAUGUCAAUGAGGCUACUGAAAUUAUGAAUAAUGAAGAUAAAAAAAUUGAUAAUGAAUUAAUAACAGAAGAAUCUAAAGUUGAAGUUGUUAAAAAGAAAAAAGUUGUUAAAAAGAAAAAGGUAGUAAAAAAAGAAGAAGAAGAAAAGUCUAUUGUUGUGAAGGAAGAAGAAAAUUUACCUACAACUAAAAAUAAUAAAGAAAUUGAACUUUUUGAAAAUGAAACAAACAUAAUUGUCGAUAGUGGAUUUAAUACAAAAUUAAUUUCUUAUUUAAAAUGUGGAACACCAACAGAUUGUAAAUGGUACAAACAUGAUCAGGAAAAAACUUCUGAUUGUUAUGUUACUUUUGACAAUGAAAGUGUAUAUUCAAUAAAAAAUGCUUCAGAAAUGGAUUCAGGUAAAUAUAAAUGUAUUUGGUAUGAUUGUUCCAAGACACUUGAACAAAUAUUUAAUGUGACUGUUAAAGGAAUUCCUACUAUUGAAAUUUCUGAACCUAUUGUUAAUGCAAAAUUAAAUUCUCAGGUUAAGCUUAAUAUAAAUUAUAAUGGAGUUCCUGAACCAAAAAUAACAUGGUCAUUUAAUAAUAAAGAAAUUGAAUCAAAUAAAGUGACAAAAAUUAUAACUAAAUCAGGUGAAUCAACACUAUCUAUAAAUAGUGUUACAGAAGAAAAUGCCGGUACUUAUACUAUAAAUGCAAUAAAUGAACAUGGUUCAAUAAGUAAAGAGAUUCUGUUAAAUAUUCAAGGUCCACCAUCAUCACCAAUUGGCCCAUUAAUUAUUUCAAAUGGUGAGAUGAAUUCCUUAAAAUUAUCAUGGAAUAUUCCCACUAGUGAUGGUGGAUCACCUAUACUAGGAUAUUGUGUAGAAAAAAAAGAAUCAACAAAAUCUUCUUGGAUAUUUAUUGAUAGAACAUCACAGACAAACUUUAUUGUUAAAGAACUAAAAGAAAAAAUAAAAUAUGAUUUUCGUAUAUCGGCAGAAAAUAAAUUUGGAACAGGCUCAUAUCUUGAGGGUAGCAGUAUUAUAAAUGAAAAAAAUCAAAAAGAUACAAAAUUGAAAAAAAGUAAAGUAUAA